AUGGACCUGCACCUUCGCGUGCCACCAGAGCGCUGGGGACUGACCCGCUGCGAGUUCCACACCUUCGUGCAGGAGGUUCGGCAGCUUUGGUCUCGUGGCGAGCUGCCUCCUCCUGGAGAGGACGUCCACGGGCGGCGCGGCGACUCGAGGUAUGGGCCGAACCUCUACCAGGUUAACGAGCAUUAUGUGAAGCCCAUCACGAGUGCCGCCGGAGGCAUGAGUUACGCCCUCAUGAAGCAUCCGGAUGGCCUUCGUUGCCAGGUCUUCAUCUCCCAUGCCUGGGCAGAGGGCAUCUUCGAGCUUGAUGACCUCGUACGCCGCGGCUGGCCGCGCCUUCAGUUCCUUCACAGCUUGUACUGCUGUUUGCUGGCGAACCCGCAGAAUCUCGAUCUUUCUGCUUUGCUCAACGUGCCGCCGAUGGAGAGCCCCUUCGCCAAAGCCAUGCAAGCUGCUUCCCAUGUGCUUGUCAUCCCGAACCACAGCGUCGGGAUCUACACGCGUUUGUGGUGCGUCUACGAGGCAUACCUGGGUGCGUGCUGGAAGAAGACUUGCAUCAUGCCAGCUCGACCGCACACCUCCACUCAGUGCGGCACCAUCAGACAAACUCUGAUGGCUCCAAUGGCAGCUGGAGUUCUGUCAGGCAUGUUUUGGUGGUUUAUAUUGUCGCAUACUGACGCCCGAGAUGACAACUUCCUCUUGGUGGCCAUAGUCAUGCUUCUAUGCGCCACUGGAACUGCAGUUUGCUUCGUGGUGUCCAUCCUGCUGAAGUUUUGCAGGUGGUCGUGGCAGACCCAUUUUAAGUUCGUGCGUAUCGGGCACAUGCUGCUGCUGUUCCUCUGCACCCUCUCAUUCCUUCCCUGGUUAAGCUUCAAUCGAGAUGAGAGAAUCUUGCCAUCUGCUUUCGAUUAUUUCCAGCACUACUUCUUUCCCAUCGUCCUGAUCCUUUUCAACUUGCUCCGCAUCGUGCAGCUGAACCAGCACGAGCUGGAGCUAAAGGAGCUCUCCCGUCAAGCAAGCCACCUGGAAUGUGAUACUGUUGCCGACGCGACGUGCUCGGACCCUGCUGACGAGCAGAGGAUUCGCGCAGCCAUCCUGGGAUGCGAGGAGGAGAUAGAUGUGACGAUACGAGUCCUCAUGCGAGCCGGAGCUUACAACGAUUGGCUCCGAUGGGCAUACGAAGCUGGCGUGGACAUUCGAGGUUUCGGAACCUCCGACCUCAUUGUAAAGACGGGCCUCGCCUUCACACUUUGGGCCCUGGCGGCGCUGCAUUCCCUGGGCUUUCGCAGCUGCACGGUCCGAUGCGCAGACACCGACAGGGCAUGGAUAGAUGUGUCCGUGGGGAUUUGUGCUCUGGUUGCGCUGGCUCUCCCCGUAACGGCCUUCGUAUUGGAGCGCUACGGGCCAGAGCGAGCCGUUUUCUCUGUCAGAGUUUGGACGGUUUCUGCCUUGCUGGCACUUGGUGUGCCUGUCUUCGUUGGCAUUGAGGAUCACUUGUCUCUCGUCACGGGCUUGCGGCCGGCGUCGGGAAUGACCGAACAAUGCCCAGCGCCCCUGCUGAGGAUCAUGGUGACCUGGUUCCGUCCAGUGCUGGCUUUGCUGGGAACUGGACUUGCUGUGCUGGGUCCUGGACAGGUUUUCCGCUUGCAGCUCGCGGUGGCCGGGUUUUGCGACUACAGCUUGCCUACCAACGACAGUUCCGAAACGGACGCAUCGGACUCCAGCUCUCUGCUCAGCCUCGCACAGGGCAUUCGACGAAGUCGGGCCAUGGAGGCGCAGAUGCGCAUUCCACCGGAGAGGUGGUGCAUCACACUCGCAGAGUUCUACGCCUUCGUACAUGAGGUGAGGCAAGCCUGGACCAGCGGCAAAGUUCCCGAAGACGAUCCUGGCAGCAACCCCCGCCACGGCGAUCCCCGACAUGGGCCAAACUUGUACCAGGUGAACGAACACUACGUGAAGCCCUUGACGCAAGCGGCCGGUGGCAUGAGCUACGCUCUGAUGAAGCAUCCUGAGGGACUCCUUUGCCAGGUCUUCAUCUCCCAUGCUUGGGCAGAAGGCAUUUUCGAGCUAUCAGACUUCGUGCGCCGCGGCUGGCCGACUAUCCUCGUGCCCAGCAUCAUCGGCCUCAUGCUAGGUGGCAUGUGGAUUUUGCUACUUUAUCACCAUUGUUGCAGAACCUGCUCGCGUUGCUUCGUGGAUCCCGUCCUCAGUGCUUGCGUGGGCCUGACGCUGCUUUGCUUCGUGGGGUCCUUGGUCAUGGAAUUUGCUCCCCGAGAUCUCCGAAUGUGGAUCAAGUGCGUUGUGAUCCGCAUCGUGCACAUCCUGGUUAUUUGCGUUUGUGCCGCAGUGGCUGUGCCCUAUUCCGUUCUGCUCCGAUGGAAGAACAGCGUUUGGAACCACGCGUUCGAGCGGUUAAUUCCAAUUGCACUUUGCCUCUUCAACGUUUGGCGUACAGCGCAGCUUAGCCAACACCACUUAGAGGAUGUGGAGCUGCGCAGGCAAGCCAGCCUGCUGGCCAUUCAGACGCUGGAGGAUGCUACGUGCUCCGAUCCACACGACGAAGCCCAGAUCCGUCAGGCCAUACAAGGCUUCGAGGCCGAAGUGGAUGUGACGAUUCGUGUAUUGAUGCAAAGCGGUGCCUACAACGAUGCGCUUCGGGAAGCUUACGAGCAAGGCGAGGACAUCAGCGGCGAAGGGAACAGUGAUCUCAUUGUAAAGACGGGCCUCGUGUCCCUGAUCUGGCUGCUGUCCACCCUGGACUCUGCUGGUUUCCUAGACUCCUAUCUGGUCUGCCUCGGGCCGCGUUACGAGCAGGGGACGAGUGGACUGCUCCUGCUCAGCGUUGCGGUGGCAAUCCAAGCAGGUGCGCUCUUCCUGUUUCCGAUCACAGCCUGGCAUUUGCAGCAGACGGGCCUCGAGCGUGGCGCAUUUGCCGUGAAAGUGUGGACCUUCUCGACACUGAUUGGACUCGGCUUGCCAUUGCUGCUCGAGAUCCAGAUCAGGCUGAUGGUUGUGGAUGCCUGCGGUGGAGGCGCUUUUGAACCAUUUCCAAACCGCUGCGACGCCUGGGAUCGAUGGCUGAUAGUGGCCUUCUUGCGGCCCUUCACAGCAGUGAUAUCUUUCACUUGUGCUGUCGUGGGGCCACCGUGUUAUCGUCGAAGCAGCAAGCGAGGUGACAUCCAGAAAGCCAGCGAGUCCUCAGAGAGUGAGUCUUCGGCGAGCUCCGAAGACACGGGAUGA